UAAUGAGCGAACGACCGCCGCGCUACCCUGGAAUGCGUGAUCCGCCCCGCGCAGCCACCCCGCCGCAAAUAGUGCGGCCCCUGUUUGCCUUUGUGCGGGGGGGGGGGGAGACGUCCCGCCCUCGCAGCGCUUUUUUUUAUUUUGUUUUAAACCGCAAAGACGUUUUGUGUCUGUGUGUUCCUUGCGCGCGACGAGCGAAUGUCCUCGCCCGAGCGACAUUCGGCGGUCAGGGACAGCGACGGAGUUGGUGGGGAAGGGGUUAGGCUGAGCGGGGGACUUUGUCGCGCAUGGAUCGGGGUUUUUUUCCCUCCCCCCCUAGCUCCGCGCGCGCGGAAGGAUACCCACCCAACCUCCCUUCCCCCACCCCCACCAACGGAGCCGAGAGCCGCAUCACCGCCUGCGAUAACACACGAAGCGGCCCCCGGUGCGACGCGAAUCCCGGAGCGCGGAUUCGUGCCCAAAAUGGGGCACUCGGAGCCGCCAAGCACACAAUCGUCAAAAACAACUAUCCCAAAAACAGAUUUGUGCGGCGAAAUCGUCGUGGUCUUCGCCGGCUGUUAGUCGCGAAUCAAAGGACGGCGAGUAGAUUCAUUUUCCCAGUGGCGGCGGCGGUGAAGAAGAAGGGCGGUGCUAAAGCGAACCCGAAUCCUCGCCGCCCCGAGGGAGCGGUAAUCCGGUCCGGCUCUUGCGCGCCGCUCUUUUUAAUAAUAGAAGUACAGUAAUGGAUAGGAGUAGUUGUGCUCUAAGUCCUCAUGCCAGGCUGCGGGCCAACAACUCUGUGCAUGGACUCCUCUUGGGGUCGCCUCGUUGAAUCGGGCACACGCGGGAGGGACUUAGCGACGAGGGGACAGGAGAGACGCCACGCAGCACAGGCUUAGUCCCCCGUCCGUCAACGAAGGCGGUGAUAUGUAAAGUUUAAAGGAGGGGAGAGAGAGAGGGGGAACAAGAAGGCGGGCUCGCAGAGAAGGCGGACAAAAGCGGCGGACGCCCCUUUCUCUUUCACGCGCCUCGUCCCUCCGUCCCGUGCGACCCCCGUCCGGCUCCUCUUUUUUUUGUUAGACGCGAGGAGAUAGAAACGACGAGGAGAAGGAAGAGGACGAGAGGGCGACGAGCAAGGGGGGAGGAGGAGAGGAGGAGCGGGAGGAGAGACGGUGGAGGACGAGGAGGCAUGGCCGCCCAAGUGAAGCUGGUGGGCGGCCUCGGGCGCGACUCGGAGCGCAGCCCGCUGCUCGGCAGGGCGAGCGCCGAGCACCCGGGCAGCGCGGGCGAGCAGCAGCAGCAGCAGCCGACGUCGCUGUCGGACGAGGCCACGGGCAGGAAAGUGCGGGCGGGCGCCGAGCAGAGCGGCGACAACAGCGGCAGCAACAAUAGCAACAGCAACAGUAAUGGAGACCAACAACAUGGAGUGCGGGCCAAGGACGGCGGAGGCAGCAACGGCAGAGGAGGAGGAGGCGGCGGCGGUGGCGGCGGCGGCGGUGAUGCCGGUGGAGUUCCCGACACGUCUUCGUCGUCAUCGUCGUCGUCGUCUUCGUCGUCUGAAAGGGAGGCUGGGGUCUCUGCCACGGAGGCAACGGGGCCUAGUGGGCCGCAUCAUGGCGGAGAGACCCCGGGCUCGGCUGGGAGCUCCGCCGAGCCCGGGGCGAGGGGGCCCGGCGGACUGAACUCUCACGGUGACGGGGUUUACGGGGUCGGUGGUGGCGGGGGUUACGGCUACGACGGAACUCGCUCGGGCUAUGGGCCCGGCUUCUCGGGGGCUCACUCGCCCCGAGGAGCGGGAGGAGCCGGAGCGGUGGGGCUCAACCAGCAGCAGGACGUAAUGAUGAUGAUGGCGGGUGGCGGAGGAAGGGCAGUUGCUAACAGCAGCGUGGCCGGCUAUCCGCACCACCACCAUCAGCACCAUCACCACCAGCAGCAUCAGCAGCACCAUCAGCACCACCACCACCAUCAGCAGCAGCAACAGGGCAGGCUGAUGGGCGGACAGUCGUCUCAUUCGGCGCAGUCUUCGUCGCAGUCGGCCGAGACGCCAACACUGAACCAGCUGCUCACAUCGUCCAACCCCGCCCGGGUAUACAGCGCCAUGGCCGCUGGGCAAGGUCCGGGGCCGGCUUCUUCUUCUUCUUCAUCAUCAACAGCAGCAGCAGCGGCAGCAGCGUCAGCAGCGGGAGCUUCGUCAGCAGCAGGAGGGCGACCAGCGGCCACGGCGAGUCCUCAGCCACCCAACAAACAGAUGGGAGUGAUGGACUCCAUGGUUGCCAAGAGAGCUCCUCCAUACCCAGGUGGAAAUGGGCAGCAGCCGCCCGGCACCUUCCCUGACCACGCGCAGGGUCAGGCGUACGGUGGCCCAAGCCCUGGCUACACGGGGCAGGGCCAAUACGGGCCUCCGGGUGGGGGUCCACACCGCUACGGCUCGACGACCCAGGGCAUGCCGUCUCGGCCGCCUGGGCCUGGCAACCCCAUGAGCUACCCUCACCAGCAGGAGAUGGUGUCCCAGUACAACCAGCAGGGCAUGGGAGGCAACCCACAGCACCGGCAGCAGGGCUACUACAACCAGCCGCCAAGCCACUACAAUCAGCAGCAGCACCAGCCAUACCCGCAGAGCCACUACAGCCAGCAGACACCCACCCAAUACAACCAGCAGCCCCACAUGCCUCCAGCCCACUACAGUCAGCAGCCUCCAGGGCAGUACGCCACGCAGCAGCAGCAACAGCAGCAGCAGACGGGGCACUACAACACGCAGCAGCAGCAGCAGCAGCACCAAGGGCAGUACAACCAGCAGCCGCCGGCGCCGUACAACCAGCACGCCCAGCAGCCGCCAGGACACUAUGGCCAACAACCCCAGGGGCACUACAAUGCGCAGCAUCCAGCGGCGGCGUACGGGCAGCAGGGCUCGGUGCAGUACGGCCCACAAGGCUACAACGCCCCCGGUGCCUACAGCCAGCAGCCGCCGGGGCACUACAACCAGCAGCCGUCGGUGGGCUUCCCCCAGAGAUAUCAGCUGCAGCCGGAGACCGGCGUGCCAGACAAUUACGCACGUGCCGUGGCGGCUGGAAACGCAGGCCCCGGAAAGCCGGGCCCUGACGACCCUGCCCAGCACAGCCGGCCGCCCAGCCUGCCGGACCUCUCCGGGAAGAUAGACGACCUGACGAUGUGCGGAGACGACGUGGCGGCAUCGCAGGGCGACUCUGGCUCGAGCCGCUCCGCCCCGUCUCCAUUCUCCCCGCGCUUGCCCGGCUCGGCGGGCACCGGAGCCGGACCCGUGUCCGCAGGGGCAUCUGCAGCUGCGGCGGCGGCGGCGGCGGCGGCGGCCCAGUCGCCACACACGCACACCACCCAAUCGUCGCCGCACCCGCACGCCGGCCCACGCCCGUCCUCCCAGUCGCCACGCCCGCUGUCGGCCGUGCCGCACUCGCCGCACGUCACGGCGGCAUCGUCGCGUUCCCACUCGCCGCACGUCGCCGUGCCGCCCUCCCCGCACGCCCAGCAGCAGCAGCAGCAGCAGAACGCGGCGGCGGCCGCGGCGGCGGCCGCGGCGGCGGCGGCGGCCGCCAUGGGCCCAGCAGGCCCCGCGGCGUCGCCGUCCAUGUCCCCGUCUCCGCACCACGGGCCCUCGCAGUCGCCCCGACCGCCCGCCGUGGGGGCCUCUCCUUCGCCGCACCCGUCCGUGGGCGGUCCGUCGCCUGUGUGCUCGCCCGCCGGCUCGCGAAGCGGCCCGCUGUCACCCGCAGGGCACGUGGGCAAUCAGAUGACCCCUCAGUCCACCGGUAACCUGUCAGAUUCGGGCUCGGUCAGCCAGUCCCCACGGCCCCAGGAGCGAGGAUACCCAAAGGGCUCGGGGACGCCCCAGGGAGCUGCCGGGAUGACUCCGCUUUCCCCACGACCGUCCCAAGCUGGCCCGGGCUACCCGGCUGCCCCAGCCGCCCCCUUUCCGCACACGCAGCACCAGGGGGGGCCGUACCCCCGCACGGCGCCGGGCCAGUACUACGGGGGGCAGCAGUAUCCCCAACAGCAACAGCAGCAGCCACCACAGCAGCAGCAACAGCAGCCUCCGCAGCAACAGCAGCAGCAACCGCCACAGCCGCAGUACCCCGGUUAUGGACAGCAAUAUGGGCCGCAGGGAGGGCAGCCCACGGGGCAGUACGGGCCGCCAUCGGCGCCCGGUCAGUUCGCCAGCGGACAGCAGCCCCCUCCUGCCCCCCAGGGAGCGCAGUACCCACCGCAGUACGCGGGGCAACAGGGAGUUGGCGGCGGCGGAGGAGGAGGAGGAGGAGGGCCGUACCAGUCGCAGCAGGGAGGGCAGUAUGCGGUGCAGUACGGGCAACAGGCGGGGCAGUAUGGCGGCCACGCAGGACAGUUUGGGCCUCAAGCAGUCAACGCGAGUAACUGUAUGCCGCCGGGCUACGGCGGUUUCCCGGACGGGAGCUCGAGCAGUGAUGGUUUGAGCCCUGGUGGUGAGGGCAUGGGUCAGGCUCCGCCAGCGGGAGGCUACGGUGGCCCCGUGAGCCGCGCGCUGUCCCGUCCCUAUGGCGGAAGCAACACCCCCGACGCGCAGAUGGGCCUCAACGGCAUGCCGCCCGGGCCGCCCAACAGCAGGGCCAGCGUGUACGAGGGCGGUGCAAUGGGCCCCGGGGUGCCGCCCUACGGCCACGGCGGCUAUCCCCAGCAGCAAGCCAUGAUGAGCCCAUCCGGCCCUGUCAUGCCCAACAGCCUGCCAGGAGGCUACGUGGCGCCCCCCUCUGGGCUGGUACCCGAGGCAAAGCUCCCAGCGAAAGGAAAGGGAGACAAACCGGCCAGCGACGUCAAGUCCAAGUCGGGAUCGUCCACCACGACGGGUGAGAGCAUCAUGCGCCUCUACGAGCUGGGGCCUGAGCCCGAGCGACGCCUCUGGGUUGACCGCUACCUUGGCUUCAUGGAGCAACGUGGCUCGCCCGUCGCGCUCCUGCCCGCCGUUGGCAAGAACCCGCUUGACCUCUACCGUCUAUAUGCCUCGGCCAAGGCGUACGGUGGCUUUGUGCAGGUAAACAAGAAGAAGAAAUGGCGUGAGCUGUCGACGCAGCUGGCUGUGGGCACGUCCAGCAGCUCGGCCAGCUCGCUCAAGAAGCAGUACAUUCAGUUCCUGUUUGCCUUUGAGUGCAAGACGGAGCGCGGUGAGGAGCCGCCACCUGAGAUUCUCAACCCCUCCGACAACAAGAAGACACCCAAGAUCCAGCCGCCCUCUCCGGCCGGCUCCAGCUCUACGCAGGGCCCCCUGACCCCACAGCCGCUGGAGGGACUGAGUGACAUGAAGCCGCCCACCCCGGUGUCGACGCCGCGGCCCCACGUGCCCCCUGCCCACCAGAACCGGUACGGUGGCAUGCCCAGCGGGGAGCCAUACCCUGGGGGAGCCGAUCCAGCGUAUCAGAGACCCUACGACGGAUAUCCACCCCGGAGAGGUGCGGAGGGCUAUGGAGGCGGUCCCGGAGACCCCUACAGUCAGGGACCAAGACCACACCUUCAGUAUCCUCCAAGCUACGAACGACGGCCAGAGCAGAUGAUGGGUUCAGAGGGUGGAGGUGGAGGGGGUGGCACAGGAGGAGGUGGCAUGGCCUCGCAGAACUCGACAUCCGACCCUGGCCUCUACUCCCCCAAGUUUCCUCCCGGAAGCCAACAAUGGUCGGACCAGUGCGGCACUGGAUACAUGACGCAGGGGCCACCACCGUACCCACCCAAUCAGCCCGGCGUGUUUUCGCAACAGGCCUACAAGCGCCCUGCGGAGGGAGGCUACGAAGGCCCCCCGGCCAAGAGGCAGGAAACCGAUGCUGUUUACAACUCCCACUACAGCAACAACCAACAGCUGUCGCAGCAGGCUCCCCCUCCUCCUCAGCAGCAGCAACAGCAACAGCAGCAGGGCCAGUACGGCUCGUACGAGCCGGGCUUUCCUGGUCCAGAUCACAGGGCGGCAUCGGGUCCGUACUCUCAGGUGUACGGCCGUCCGGUGGCCCCAACGGCCACAGCUCAGGCGGCGGGCACGGCUGGUGGACCUCUCCCUCCAGGCGGUGUGGCUGUCCCACAGGGCCCAGGGGGCCCGGUCUCUCAGGAGGUCACCCAGGGCCCUGUCGUAGCCGGGCCCAGUCAGGAUCUGGGAGCGUUGAGCCGUGAGCACGGAGCGCCGGGGCAGCCAGUUCCAGCGAACCAAGCGGCCGGGCUGGCGCCCUCUGCCAAUGCCGCGCCUGCCGGACAGUGCCCUAGCCCCAUGAUGAGCCAGGCGCCCGGCGGUGUCGCCGGAGCCAUGGGCCAGCCCGCCAUGGGGGUGUCUCGCCCCUCUGGUGACCCCACCAUGCAGCCAGGUGUGUGGGCCAGCCGGGGCGAACCCCCCUACCCCUAUCAGGCACGGCAGCAAGGGAUGCCGGGCCCGCAUGGACCUCCUUAUGCCGUUCCUCCGCGCUCCGAGGAAAUGAUGGAUCAAGCGCGUGGCCCCUGGCAGCAGGGGCAGGGGCAGCAGCAGCCGCAGACGCCGGUGCAGCAGCAGCAGCAGCCGCCGCAGCAACAGCAGCAGCAGCGCCUGCCGCAAAGCUCGAUGUCCGGAUCGCCGUACCCGCGCCCAACCCUGCAUCACGGCUACCACCAGCAGCCGCCGUACCCGGGCCACGGAACUCCCGCGUCGGGCGCGUACCACCGCUCGCUGUCGCCAGGCCGCUCUCCGUAUGUGAGCGGCAUGGUCGCCCCCACGCCGCCCGGCGCCCGCAUGAUUCACCGCGCUGGGCAUCCGGUGCCGGCCACACAGCUGGGUCCGUCGGGCUGCUUGGCCAUGCCGACUGUGCGGCGCGAGCUCUGCUUCCCGGCGCGAUCCGUCGAGGCCACGCAACCCACGUACAAGCCGCGCCGAAAAUUGACGUCCAAGGAAGUCGGUUCCCCGGAGGCGUGGCGCGUGCUCAUGUCUCUCAAGUCGGGGCUGCUCGCCGAGAGCGCCUGGGCCGUCGACACCGUCAACGUGCUCCUCUACGACGACACCAGCGUCUCCAGCUUCAACCUCAGCCAGCUGCCCGGGCUGCUCGAGCUGCUGGUCGAGCAUUUCCGUCGCUGCCUCAUCGACAUCUUCGGUAUCCUGGAGGAGUACGAGCUCGGCAACUCUGAGAAGAAGUCCCUUCUCGACGGGAAGCUCUUUGCCAAGGCGCAGGUCUCUGUGCGGCUCGGCCUCAACGGCGAUGCUGACAAGUCGGAUGACGAGGAGGAGGGUGGCGGCGGUGGCGCAGGUGACGAGAACACAAACGACGACUCCGGCACGGACCGCAACAGCUCGGCCGUGGAUCUGGAGGACGCGCCGGCGCAGCCCGACUCGGAGGAGACCACGGAGACGACAACGACACCCGCGGCGUCGUCGUCGUCGUCGUCGUCUUUGCUGCCGCCGCUCGCAUUGGCGGCGGCGGCGGCGUCGUCGUCGUCGUCGUCGGAAAAGGCCGAGGGUGUCAAGGGUGCCACCCCGGCGCCUGCAAAUGUGGAGGACGCCGUGUCGGCACGCUCGCUCGCGGCGAGCACGUUCGACCGCCUGCCCAUCAAGGUGGUGGAGAAGGCGGAGGAGUUCGUGGUGGAGCGGCCGGACUGCGCCGGCACCCGACUCCCGGAUGGCGAGUGCGGGCGGCUGCACUGGCAGCUGGGCGGCGGCGACACGACGGAGCACAUCCAGACGCUGUUCGAGAGUCGGACGGGCAGGACGGCCCUGCUGCACCGUAGCCUCAAGCGGAGGCAACGGGGAGCGGAGCCGCCCAAGGCCCCGCGACCCCCCGGCGCGGUGGAAAACGGCGACAGCACGGACGCGCGGAGGGCGUCUGCGGAGGCGGUGCCGUCGGCUGGCGCCGACGGAUUUUGCGACCUCGGUUUGCCCAACGGGCUGCAUUCCCCGCUCGAUGAGAAGCUGAAGGGCGCAGGCAGGCUGCUGGAGGAUGAGCCGGAGUGCAAGGACGACCCCCCGCUGUGCACGUUCGAGGACUGGCAGGAGGCGCUGUCGCGGCGCUGCGUUUGCAUCUCCAACACGCUGCGCAGCCUCUCGUUCGUGCCGGGCAACGACGCGGAGAUGUCGCGGAACCCGGCGCUGCUCGCGAUUCUCGGCCGCCUGAUCCUCCUGCACCACCGUCACCCGGAGCGGCGGCGUGGGCGCAUGCACCCGCACGACGGGCCGCUCACCGGCUGCCACGCCGCUGCCGGUACCACCGAGGGAGAGCGUGAUGCCCGGAAGGAGGUGGAUGCGGACAGGAUGAAUCGAAACGAGGAUGACGAGGAUGCGAAGGACGACGACGAAGAGGAGGAGGAAAAGGAGGAGGGCAGGAAGAGCUCGCUGUUGAAUGGCGAUGGAAAGGAAGCGGAUGCCGAGACGGGAGAGGCUCAGGAGUCGGGGCGCGGUGGCGGCGAAGCAAAGCCAAGUGUGCACGGUUUUGGUGGCCCGGUUGCCAGUGGCGAUCCUAACGAUCACGAGUCGAGCGAGCGCCGCUGGUGGUGGGACUGCCUGCAGAGCCUGCGGGAGAACGCCUUUGUGACGCUGGCCAACAUCGCGGGCCAGCUGGACCUAUCCACGUACCACGAGAGCCUCGUGUUCCCGCUGCUCGACGGGCUCCUGCACUGGGCUGUGUGCCCGUCGGCGGAGGCACGCGACCCCUUCCCCAGCGCGGGCCCCACCUCGACGCUGUCCCCGCAGCGCCUCGUGCUCGAGUGCCUCUCCAAGCUGAGCACGCAGGACGGUAACGUGGACCUCAUGCUGGCGACGCCGCCGUUCGGCAGGCUGCGCCGGCUCUGCGGCACGCUGGUGACGCUGGUGAGCGAGCGGCGCGAGCAGGUGUGCCGCGAGAUGGCGCUGGCCCUGCUCGCCAACCUGGCGCAAGCGGACGGGUUGGCGGCGCGCGCCAUCGCGCUGCAGCGCGGUUCGGUGCCCACGGUGUUGGGCUUCCUCGAGGACUGCCUGGUAGCGCUGAUCCACCAGCAGAGCCCCGCCGCCAUGCUGCAGCACGCCCCGCCCCCCGCCGUGCAACAUCCCAGCCACGACAUGAUGCGGCGCGCCGCCACCGCGCUGCUCGCCAUGGCCCGCGCGCCCGAGAACCGGCCGCACUUCCUCCUGCAGCAGGGCCGGCUUCUGGACGUGUCCAUGUCCAGCAUGCUGCACCCCAGCAUCGCCGCCAUCCUGGGCGAUGUGCUCUACAGGGUGGCACAGGCCUGAGCGGCAUUCUUUGGCGAAGCGGGUGCGGGGGGGAGGCGGUGGUGGUGGUGGUGGUGGUGG